CCCAGCCCAGCCCUCUUCCUCUUCCAUACGUACCUGUACCCCUCUCCCAACUACUUAAUCCGCCCCCUCGCUCCUUACCGUCCCAGACCCCAACCCCCCGUCGCCUCGACGCCCACAUCUCGAGAGCACGCCGUGCAUCUCAUCCAUUCUCUCUCUCUCCUUCUCCUUCUUCUUCACCUCUUUCUCUUUCUCUGUCUGUAUGUUGCCGCAGAUCAUGGAAUCCGCUCGCCCUUCGUCGCACCUGGAGCACGAAAACAUUCCAUUGGGCCAGUGGACUAGCCGCGCUUCGUCUACUGUCACGCUCGCGGCCCCAAUUGGAGGUCGAUAUACGCUCAGCCCGUCGCCCCCGCUGUCCACAAGGCAGCCUCAGCCUACGUCGAGUCCCCCCGUGAACAGAGUCGCGAGGCGGAUACAUGGCUGGUCAUGGCAGGCCUUCCCGAUAGGUAUGGGCACCGGCGCGGUGUACGUCACGCUGUCUGGGAUCAAGUACCAUUCGCCCGUGCUCACGCACGUCGAGACCGCUUUCUACUUCCUGAACAUGGCCCUGUUUAUCAUUAAUACGACGACUUUGCUCCUUCAAGCACUCCUCUAUCCACGACAGGCAAAGCGUCUCAUCACAGACCCUACAAAAGGGAUCUUCGUCCCUCUCAUCGUCUUGUCCUUUGCGACAAUCAUAAUUGGCACAAUCAACUACGCCGUCCCACCAGGACAUAUAGGUCCGCGCUUCAUCUAUGCCCUUUUCUGGGUAUACGUAUCCCUUUCCGUGCUAGUAUGCUUCCCGAUGCUCAUGAUCUGGUUCAACAAACCGCACGAUCUGAAGACAUUUACGCCUGCGUGGGCGUUCCUCGUAUUCCCGAUGAUGCUCGUCGGUGUCGUCGCCUUCAACGUCCUGCGCGUGAUGGAGCCUACCGAUACCCGUGCCGUCGGUGUCCUUUUCACAGGGUACUUCUUCCAAGGCCUCGGGUUCUUCGUCACGCUAUUCUACAUCUGCAUCUACAUGCUACGGGUCAUGAUGACGGGAUUCAUGGAUGGCCAUCAAGCUAAUGGCGCGUUCGUCGCAUGCGGUCCACCGGGCUUCACUGCACUCGCGCUGAUCAAUCUUGGCGCACACGCUAAAGAAAUCCUGCCAGCACACAACCUCGUUUCUCCCCAGGCCGGCGAGAUAUGGUACGCUUCUAGCGUGCUCUGGGGCUUGUUGCUCUUCGGCCUCGCGGUAUUUCUGUUUGUGUUUGGUGUCCUGCCAUAUUGGUUCAAGUUGCACAAGCAUCUCAACGAAAUUCUUGGCUGCUGGGCGUUGACCUUCCCAAAUGUCGGGUGGAUAUCGACUUUGCGCGUGCUCGGCGACACGCUGGAUAUCCCAGGCUUCUACGUGGUGCACAUCACCAUGGCAGUGCUCAUGUGCGGGACGUGGCUCGUCCUGUUCGGGCUCACGGUCUUGGCAUUUUGGAAGGGCAAGAUCUUCCUCGCGCGCGGGGAGGACGUGCUGCGGGACACGAAGGCGGUGCGGGAGGGCGAGGUGUGAGAGUGCGUUCGUCUGGUGGUGUUGGGAGGAGUGCAUUGGACACGAUCUUCUCGUAACGAUUUCUUGUUUUUUUUUCUCUUUCUCUUCCAUUUUUUCAUCUCUAUCUUCUGCUCCAGUUUUGCAUGCCUUGUUUUGUCAUCGCCUGCGCGCAUGUGAUUCCACACACACAGUACAUGGAUAUUCGGCUCCCUUUCUCUCUUACUCUUUCUCCUCUCUUGCUCAUCCUACCCUAUAGAGCGGAACAGAGUUCCACUUACACACAGAGCUAUACAGGCAUCCCUGACUCCCGACUCCCGACUCUCGGCUCCUGACUCUCGGCUCCCGAUCGUCCUCGUUAUAUCGACACAUAGAAUUCCGUAGAUUUUUUAGACUGAUGCUACCACUGUUGACAUUGCUUGCUGGUCGGUGCGUUCACUGCUCUCUUCCCCGCGCCAGAUUGUAUUUAGUAGAUCUGGGCACGUUCUGCCGUAUGGCAGCGCACGUUUCGUUUGCCUGUU